AUGCAGAAGAGUCGUCAAGUUUCUCUUCCGUACAAGAUCUAUUCUUGGUUUGGAAUUCGGCCUCAGAAAGUGUGUUUGUGUCCAUUUCUCCCUGUGCACCCUCUGCACAUCUCAACCCACUUGUACAUAAUCCAGCACCCAGCAGAGGAGAACAAAGUGUUGCGGACUGUACCUCUGCUAGCAGCAUGCCUCCCCCAGGAUAAGUGUAAAGUAAAGAUUGGCCGUCGCUUCAGUGAAGAAAGAGAUCCUGAACUUGCAACUAUUUGCCGGAAGUCUGGUACAUUAAUAUUAUAUCCAGGGGCCGAAGCCGCUAAUUUGGAAGAAUUUCUGUUAGAUUCUCCUGUUUACCCCUCCACAAUCAUCAUCAUUGAUGGCACCUGGAGCCAGGCUAAGGACAUUUUCUAUAAGAAUUCCUUGUUCCGACUUCCCAAACAGGUGCAGUUAGGAGCUAGCGUUCCCAGUCAGUAUGUAAUUCGGACGCAGCCGACCAGUAGGUGCCUUUCCACACUGGAGUGUGCGGCCCUCGCUCUUUCCAUCCUGGAGAGAGAUGAUUGUAUACAAGAGACUUUACUUCGCCCACUUCAAGCUUUAUGCUCUUUCCAGCUUCAGCAUGGGGCCCAAAUUCGCCUCAGCAAGGAACACCUUCUGAAAAAUGGAUUGUAUCCUAAGCCAAUGCCAAAGAACAAACGCAAACUCAGGAAAAUGGAACUGUUAAUGAAUAGCGUUAAAAUUUAGUGCAGUUGUUCUUAGGGUGCUCAUUUGCCUCUGCAGCUGACGAUACCGAGUUACGUUUCAUACAGUGACGGGCCUGGGUUUGGGACUGGACAGAGUGAGUUGCUUGCUGUGUUUGUGCGGAGGAAGGGAAUGAACCAAACAGCCAUAAAGAUGAAGCGCAUUUCACUGACUCAGCCCAAACCAAGAGACAUUUUUAAGACUGUUUUAAAAUGUGUUUUUAAAACUGUGCCUCUAUCGCAUUUUUCUCAGUUCCGUAAUUUACAAUAUGAUUGUCAAGAUGAAGUUAGAAAUUUUUGUUUGUCAGAUGGAAGGAAAUUGUCCCGCCUGACUGGAAUAGGGUUGCUUCCAUUGUGGAUGGUAAUUUGGGCAUAUAAUAAUAGAGGAUACCUAUAUCAAUUCACAAUCUUGUACGUUAACUUUAUAGUUUGAAAUAAAUAACAAAAGAAAAUAAUGGUAAGUAAUUGAAGAUUCAGUUUAUUUCAUAAGAUACAAGAUAAUAUAAAAAAUUAAGGGACUUUACGUAUUUGCUAGGGAUAAAACUUGAACUCAGCUGUGAUUUAGAUGUUCUGUUAAUUGUUCUAAUUUUUUUUUUUUUGAGAGGUUUUUGCUAUAGGGUGUGUGCGCUUGCC